AUGUGUCAAGAGACUGUAUCAUCUACAUUUUACAGGAACGUGCUGGCAGAACUAGCUGACAAGGCGGCUGUAGUGCGGUCCACGCUAAUCUUUACACCGGAAGAGUUGACAGAGGAAUCAGAACCGAUCCAACAGAAAGUUUCAGUAAUGGAAAUGGCUCUCAAUCAGAAACCUCUUGCUGAUAAGGAAGCUGCAAGCACAGAGUCAAAGAAAAAGAAGAAAAACAAUGAGAAACAAAAUUACCUACCCAAGUCGAAUAUCUUCCAACUUCUAGCCCAAUACACAGGACACCGAGUCGAAGACAGAAUCGAGGUACUCGAAAUCGUCGAUGAGAUGGGUAGCAAGGACGAGGAGCAUGUAGAUGAGGAAGAGCACAACAAGUUGCGUGUUCUGUUCGUAGGUACACAGACGAAGCAGUUUGUCCCACUGAAGCCGAAAGAUGGUCCUUCAUACAUGUUCACCAAUACCGCGCAGGUCAUUUUUAAUGUUGUGAAUUUCGUGAUGAUACCAAAGCCAACGAGCCACAGCCCAGCUGAAAUUUAUGGUGCAAAAGCAGAGGAUUUGGGGCAUCGGCAGUAA